AAUACAACAUUCAGUCGUCUGCAUUCGGUCCCGGUGAAAAGACGAACAUUACUCGGUCGGUAGUGUUCUCCCACAUCCCGGUUUUUCCACUAUGGCAUAGAUAUAGGGAGGAGGAAAAUUUUGUUGGUGAAAUAACGCAGAGAGAAAGAGAGAGUGUGGAAAAAAGUGGCAACUUCCAACGGGAAAUGGUUUACGCGCGUUGGGUGGAAAAUUUGUGUCCCUCCGGGUGGAACAAUUAUCGAGCAUAAAUCGAAACAGGUUCGUUCCGAUCGGGCGAGGAAAGUGAGUGUUUUUUUUUUUCAGUGCGAGUGUUUUUUCACAGUCUAAAAAUUGCAAGAACCAUCACCCAGAGGUGGAAUAUUUACACACGACCGCACACAUUUUCCAGUUGCGGAUUCCUGUUUCGUAAGAUAGUGGCAACGACGGCAAAAUAAAAGAAGAAGGAAAAUAGAAACACCCAAACCCAGUGUUUUCGUGCUUAGAUCAUUUUCGUGGACAUGCUGAAGUGCUAGAGAAGGGGAGUCAAGCUUCGUCGUUCGGUUUAGAGUAGAGCUCAAAAGGCUUCGUCACCUCCGGCCCAGAAAUGCUGAACUUCUUGCCUGUCUCCCGAUCCUGAGCUUGGUCCAAAAAUAUGCAGACAAGGCUACAGUAAAAUGUUUUGCCGCCAUGGCGCUGCGAGGUUGGCGACUCAUCGGUCUGGCCGGAACCAUUCUGGUCUACAUCGGAGGAAUCUUGUUCCUAUCGUUCGUCAGUUUGCAGAAUCCUCAACAGAAGCGCAGCCAAGGUGGCCGAGGUGGUGGAUAUGGUGAGUUUGAGACGCUCCGGAACCGGGAUCUGGGUUUGUUGGGCAAAAAACCACCCCUACAGUGGUGCACCGAGCUCCGUUACAUGGACAGUCGGCCGCCCCCGCCCAAGGCCUACAAGUUGCUGCAAACCUUCCCGGGGCAUUUUGUGAAGAAAAUUGCAACCUACAACUUCAAGGUUGACGCUGAACCAGCCCCGGCAGCGCCUCCCCCACCGGAGAAUGCCUUCAGGGAGCAGGACGAUCAUGACGCCGGAUCCAGUCGGAACAGCCAUCGCAAACGGCUCAUCGCGACGGAGCUGCAAUUCUCGGACCGAGGGGCGGCUCAAUGGCCUAAUAGUGACAGUAUCAAAUUUACCGAUAACAGUAAGCUAGCAGAUAGUGAUAGGAUAAUUAACGACCAAAAGCCACCGCCACCGGGUGCGAUGCACAAGUCUUCCAAACAUGGCGGCGCAGCUGGAGGUGCGGCAGGAGGUCUCACGGCAUUGGUGUCCUUUCCCGGUAGCGGAAACACCUGGCUGCGCUAUUUGCUGCAGCAGUCGACGGGUAUUUACACUGGGAGUGUGUAUAAAGAUUACGGCCUACUCAAAAGCGGGUUUCCAGCGGAAAACAUUGCUAAUUCCUCGGUUCUGGUAAUCAAGACACACGAAUGGGGUCCGAAUGCUUGGGCUCCCUACAGCAAAGCCAUCCUACUGAUUCGGGAUCCGGAGAAGGCCAUCCUGGCGGAGUUCAACCGACAGAGCGGUGGCCACGUGGGUUUCGCCUCACCGGAUCGAUACCGUCGAACCAAGGGACGGUAUUGGACGCAGUUUGUGAAAAACAAACUCUGGGCUUGGGAGCAAACCAACCUGUCGUGGGCCAAGAACUUCACCGGUGAAGUAAAGCUCAUUUUCUACGACGAUCUGGUGGAAAAUGUUGAAGCAACUUUACGAAGUAUUUUGAAAUUUCUCCGAUUUCCAAUCGAUGAGGAGCUUUUGGCGUGUGCACUGUCACGAAAGGAAGGCAUUUACAGGAGAAAGAAGCGAAUUCUACAAUUCGACCCAUACAGUCCAGCGAUGCGGGUGACCAUCGAUGAAAAACGUGCUGAAGUCUACGCAGCUCUCGGACGUUUCGAUGCCCACUAAUGAGCAAAUCUCAAAUAGUCAAACAAAAGUUAGAAUCUCAAAUUCUAGUCGCACAACAGGAUCCAGGAACCAUAGUUGCCACAAACACAAAAUGAAAGGAAAAAAACACGCACGGUUUUCCACAAACAAGAAACCGGAACCAUUUCUAGUCAUUAGACCAAAAAGUCGCGCAUAUAGGUUAAGGUCAGAGUUUUCCAUGUCUCUAACCGUGAACUGCAUUUCUUAUUUAUAAAUAGGUUCGAUAUGCUUCCAAAUGCCCUAUACUUCCAAAAAUUGGUUUUGUAUGAAUUUUGAACGAAGUUUCCGUUUUUAAAGGCUUAGUAAAUCAAUGCUAACGAUUUCAAACCAAAAAUAAACUCAAGUUACUCAACAACAGAAAACUCGCGUUACUUAUUAGUAUCUACUCCUUAGUCAUGUGAUUUAGUAUAAAAACGUUUAAGGAAUUAGUGAAGUGAAACAAUUUCCAAAAUAGAAAUAUUUUUACCAUAUCCAGUCAACUUGUAAAGGAAAUUUUAUCAAACAAACAACAUGCCCUAAUGAUCUUCUAUAGCAACGCAAAAAGAAACGAAUAAGAACAAAUGAAAACAAAAAUUUAAAACACACAGUAUCGUAGCCUCUAGAGAAAGUUGAAAACCUGUUGAGAUUUCGUUUUAGGAACACAGAAAUCAAACAUGUACCAUUACUCGAAACUACGAGCUAAACAUAUAGGGUAGGGGAGAAUGAGGAUACUUGAUCCCUGGGGAUACUUGAUUCCUUAGCUAUAUCUCGAAACUGGAAUGUCUUACAAAGAUCAAAUGUUCUAGAAAAAUGUGGCAAAAUGAGCAAAAUAACAAUUCUUGUAGUUUAAAUUUUUUUAACAAAAUAACUGUUUGAGUAAUUGAACUUUGUUUGAAAAAUUUCACAAAAUGUAACUUGAAGAUCUUUUUUCAUCACUUUAAAAUGUUCCUUACAUGGGAAAAUUAUGAAAAAAAUAUUUGUUCCAAUGUAUUAAUCGUUCGAGCGUAAAAUGAACUUCAUAAUGCCAUAUUUUCAAAGCAAUGGAAAACUCUCAACUUUUUUCAGAAAAAGUUUUCUAAAAUGUUGAUUAUGGGUACAAUUGAUCCCCUAGAGUUGGGUACAAAUGAUCCCCUAGAGUUGGGUACAAUUGAUCCCCCUUCCAAACGGCAUAUUCUUCUUCUGAAUUGAUCGUUAUGAUUGCUGAUUACGAAAUUACUAAUAUUUAUCCAAAAACUAAUAUUUAUCAAACAAUUGUCUGAAGAGAAGAGCAAAAAUAAUUAAUUUUCUCUUAAUUAUAAUAAUAGCGCCUUUAAGUAUGCAAUGUUAUAAGCGUUGAGACCAAUUUAUAGAAUUUUCUUCUUAUGUCUACUAUAAAUUGUGAAAUGAGAAAAAACAUGACCAAAAUAGUCAAUUAACAUUCUAUCUUGGGGUUUUGUUAGAUUUUUAAACAAGGAUUAGGGUUUCCUGAAUAAAAGAUCAAGCCUCCUUCAAAAGGGGAUCAAGUCUCCCCUAACUUCAGAAAAAUCGCAAUUUUUUUACUCCCACGAAAAUGCUUCUAGUUCAUCAACGGGUUCAAGUAUCGUUCUAAUUUUUGGAGCAUAGAAACUUGAAGUUACAAGCUGUCAGAAAGUGUCAAAGACGGCGAGUUGCUAAUUUUUUCCAAAAAGAUAUGGUGAAAAUAAGAAAAGGGGAUCAAGUAUCCCCACUCUCCCCUAUAGUUUUCUAUUAUUUCGCAACAAAUAACACAUAUACCUAUACUAUAGAACACAGAAAAUUCUUGUAACAGGAUGUAACGAAACAACAAAGUUUAUAGUGACCAGUUUAAAAAAAGUGUGUUUGUUCCAAUGUAAAGUGACUCUAGCAGCAAAUAAAGAAAAAAUGGAAAC